GUUCAAAAAUUACUUUAUGACUUAACUUGAUACAGUAAAAAGGCUACUGGUUACUGCAAUGCUGCUUGGUGGGAAGAGCUCUCAAUCUUCCUGCGUCUAAAUCAAGGGCGCAUUCUCCGUUUUGUUUUCAUCAAUCAACGUUCAGCUCAAGGCAAAUGGUCAAUGCCCAAAAGAAAGAGAACAGAGACAAUGCACUGCUGCAUUGCAUUUAGAUUAUUUAUUUGGGUUCGAUAAGUUCAUAGAUAAGCUUCUUUGUUUAGUUACUAGUGCCAAAUUCACUGGGUACAUUGGUGGGCUGAAUUUUCUUUAUCAAAAUGAUUGUAUUACGUUGCUGCACCUAUAGAUCAAGUCUCAGAUGGAUGACAUUGACCAGAAUGUACUGUUCCAAAGACACAAUGGUACCUAUGUUUGAUCCCACAAAAAAGGUUUGUGAUAUUUUGAUGUCUUGCCCGAAAUCAGGGCUUGAUACUGAGCUUGAUCAGAGUGGGAUUAGGCCUUCACCUGAGCUAGUUGAAGAAGUACUUAAAAGAUUUGAGAAUGCCGGAAUGCUGGCACACCGUUUCUUCGAAUGGGCUGGCAGACAACAUAAUUAUGAGCAUAGUGUUAUAGCUUAUCACACCAUGAUUGAAUCCCUAGCCAAGAUAAGGCAGUAUCAGGUCAUGUGGGAUCUUGUGAACGGCAUGAAAGGAAAGGGUAUGCUAAAUAUUGAGACAUUCUGCAUAAUCAUGAGGAAGUAUACGAGGGCCCAAAAGGUGGAAGAGGCAGUGUACACGUUCAAUGUCAUGAAGAAAUACGAUGUUCCUCCCAAUCUCGCAGCUUUCAAUGGAUUGUUAAGUGCUCUAUGCAAAUCAAAAAAUGUACGAAAAGCUCAAGAGAUUUUCGAUAGCAUGAAAAAUCAAUUCAUUCCUGAUGCAAAAACAUAUAGCAUAUUGCUCGAGGGGUGGGGAAGAGAUCCCAAUCUUCCUAAGGCCAGGGAAAUAUACCGAAAAAUGAUUGAAGUGGGUUGUAACCCUGAUAUAGUGACAUAUGGUAUUAUGGUUGAUAUCCUUUGCAAGGCGGGUAGGGUUGAUGAAGCUGUUGAAAUAGUCAAGGAGAUGGAGUAUGAGGGAUGUAGGCCUACAUCCUUCAUUUAUAGUGUCUUAAUCCAUACAUACGGGAUAGAUAACCGUAUUGAAGAUGCAAUUGAUACAUUCCAUGAAAUGCAAAGAAGUGGAGUUCAUGCUGACGUAGCUGUCUAUAAUUCUCUAAUAAGUGCUUUCUGUAAAGUGAACAAGUACGAAAAUGCUUAUAGGGUAGUGAAAGAGAUGGACCGCAAAGGGGUUACCCCAAACUCAAGGACGUGUAAUAUAAUUUUGAGCAGCUUAAUUGGUCGAGGUGAGACCGAUGAGGCUUUCGUAAUUUUCUGCAAGAUGAUCAAGAUAUGUGAACCUGAUGCAGACACUUAUACUAUGAUGAUAAAAAUGUUCUGUUCGAGCAAGGAGCUUCUAAAGGCUCGUAAAAUAUGGAAGCUUAUGAAACAGAAGCAAUUUCUCCCAAGCAUGCACACGUUUUCUGUGCUUAUUAGUGGGUUGUGUGACGAUGGUGAUACCCGCAGGGCAUGCCAAUUGAUGGAAGAGAUGAUUGAGAAAGGAAUUCGCCCUGAUAGGGAAACAUUUGGAAAGUUAAGACAACUACUCUUGAAGGAAGACAGAAAGGAUGUACUCGAAUUUCUUCACGAGAAAAUGAAUCUGCUUGUGAAGGAGCCUUUAUGUGACUGAAAAACGUUCUGAUGAUAACUUUGAAUAUCAGGAUGAGAAUACCCCUCGAGAAACAACGAAGAAUCCAAUUCAGAAAAUGGAGCCAUAAACCUUGACGUCUGAAAUCCACAGACCGAUGCUUUUUCAGUGAAUUCAGUGGUUUGGUUGUGCUCAAGCCCCGCACUUUCUACCUACAAAUUUUCCAAUAUGAAUGCAUAAACUACAUGAACGUCGCACCAUAAGAGAAGAAGAAGGAAGCGUUGCACAAGUGUAUCCUGUUUCCGUUGCAACUGGCAGCUUCUUAGCUUCAAGAAAUCAUCC